UUCUCGAAUAUUGCAAAUUUCGUUUAUUUCGAAGCCAAAUUCUUUUACAAUUUUGGCGAUUUUUACCGGUAGAGACCGCGAGAAAUACUCUACGAUGAGUUUGCUUUCCAAUAAUGUGGAGAAUUUUUCACCGCAAAUUAUUAAACGUGUAGCGAAAGAACUGCAAGAGCUGGCUACAAAUCCACCGGAGGGAAUUAAAGUUUUCACAAGCGAUGACGAUAUUACGAAUAUUCAAGCAACGAUCGAAGGGCCAGCUGGAACACCAUAUGAAGCAGGCAUAUUUAAAGUCAAGUUAGUCCUCCAAAGAGAUUUCCCAGCAAGCCCACCUAAAGGAUUUUUUAUGACAAAGAUAUUCCAUCCAAAUGUUGCUAGCAAUGGAGAGAUUUGCGUAAAUACACUAAAGAAAGACUGGAAAUCUGACCUGGGAAUCAAGCAUAUUUUACUGACAAUCAAGUGCCUACUCAUUGUUCCGAACCCAGAGUCAGCAUUAAAUGAAGAGGCAGGAAAACUGCUACUUGAAGAAUAUGACGAUUACUCUCGACGGGCGAAAAUGAUGACAGAUAUUCAUGCGAAAUCUUCACAAACCGACACGAGCAGUGCGGAGGUCAGCGACUCGAGUGUGUGUGGUAAAAAAAGAAGCCUUGCAGAUAAAAACAUUGAGAAAAAGAAAAGAGACAAAAAGCGUGCCCUGAAAAGGCUAUGAUGUAGAUAAUAUUAGGCUAGUAUAAAAUUAAUAUCCUGUAUCAUAAUAUAUAAAAUAUUAGCUAUAGGAAAAUACCUAUAGUAUUUUGUACUUUGCUAGUUAGUUCUAUCAGGUGCCUGCAUGAAAAUCCACUUUGUGAGUGUGACGUACAGCAUAAUUGGAAAUGAACGAAAAUUUGUCUAGAGUCAAGCUCUUGUGAUGACACAGCAUUUCCAUAUAUACACUUUAAUCCAUAGAUAGGCUAAGCUCUCCAAGAUUACGGUUAAAAUUGAUACUUCAGGCAAGCAAUUUAUAGCCAAAUGAUGUACAGGGAUUUUAUAUAUUUGCAGAAGCAACCAUAUUGCAUUGUCAAACUUAGUUGAAAGCAAAUUUACUUUAACUUACUUUAUUGUAUUGUCAUAAUUGUGAAUUAGCGUUGGUUAUAGUGUUCAUAUCAACUGUUAUAUUAUUUUUGAAUUCAUUGUUAAUGUUUAUUUAAAUCAAAGGUUAUCAAUGGUUCAAUUUUUCUUUUGCAAUGAUGUUAAAAAGACUUCUGGGGGUG